UAAACUAUUUUAUCUCCAUCUCUAUAAAUUUCAGGAUGGAGGGUGUAUUCAUCUAGUUGUUCUUGCUUUUAUACCUCGGUACUUAUAUUUUUUUUAACUAAUUAUUUUGUCAGUGCAUAUGUUGUGGGUUUUAAAACAUACUACUCCAGAAAAAUUUGGUAAUUCAAUUUCUCCGUCUCCGGAGGUCAUAAAUGAUGUUCCUAAAUUAUUAGAAAAAACUAGGGGCUAUAAUCGGGGUUCAUGCCUCUUGGGUCUUGGCCUUCCCUAGUUUUAGUCGCCAUUGUACAGUAAAGAAGCCGGAGGAGCUGCCGACCUGCCGGGCGGCCCUGGUUCUCAGGGAACCCGUCUCCGCGGAGUAUCCAGCAAUCUCACUAUGCAGGUGUUCUGAGAUUACAAGAUGAGCAAGAAACGUGAGAGCUGCAAGGAGAGGGAUAUCUUUUUCGACUGGAAUCACGAAAUUGAUCAGGACAAGCAUUUCUUCAAGAUUAUGGUUGUUUUUUUCGACUGCACUGGAAUUUUCAUUAUAUGCUCUGAAAGUGGAAACCUGGCCUAACAGUUACAGUAUCUUUAGUCUGCUUUCUAAAUUUCUCAUUAAUCCAGAGACCAGAGGAAAAUGCAACUAAUAUAAUACGAAAAGACUAGUGAAUUGUGUUCGCUUUUAAAUGAACCAUUUUCUUUCUGGAAGCAAUGGUAGUAAACUAACUAUAGGAACGAAAUCCAAUUGAAUCUGUAGAUGCACAAAUCCAUGCACUCUGGUUACUCUUACUUCACAUAUUUGACAUCUGAAAUGGAUUGGUUUACGACUGCAUGAACAUAACUACUCAUAUACUCUGUCCAUUCAUCAAUGUAAGGGGUAUUUUGAUUUGUAAAGGUCCAAAUUUUAAAUGGAUUAGUUUUAGUACAUUGCCUCAACAAAUUCGUGUUCAGAAGAAUUUUCAGAUGUUUAUUUUCUAGUAAUUGACAAUAUAUUGUAGGAGAAACUAAAGGACAAAGUAUAUUUUUGAAGAUUUUCUCCAAAGAUAUGCCUUAUAUUAAUAGACAAAGGGGAGUAAUAACAACAAAAGCCUUUCUACUGUUUCCUCACUUCACAAGAGCUGUGUUUUGAGCCAACCUUUUGAGCAAGAGAGGUUAAGAUAGCUUAUCUAAUGUGCAAUUUACUCGUCCGGUUAUCGGCCUGUUGCUGCAGACCAUACCACAGAAAUUUGUGCAACGUUUGAUGAGGAAAAUAACAGGAACUAUUAAGCUAGAAUCGCGUGUUGGUUCCAGUUUCGAUGUUCAAGUAAUCAACAAUCAGGGUAAGGUAUCCCUUGGGUUUGGAUGGGAGGCAUUUGUCAGUGCUCAUGAUUUGAAUAUGGGAGACUUCUUGGUAUUCAAAUAUGAUCAGAGAUCUCAUUUUAAGGUUCUAAUCUUUGAUUCAAGUGGUUGUGAGAAAUUAUCAUCUGUCGUAAUCGAUGCUACUCAUAAAUCACAAAGGAAAGAACCAGUUGGCAUGCCAAGCCCAUAUCAUGAUAUCCUCAUGAAAUCUUCUCCAAGCGCAAAUAAAGCAUGGGAACAGCAGGAUAGCUCAAAUCAGGGGCAUAAUGUGAUCGAUACCAGUUCAUCAAGUUCUUUACCCAUACCAUCAGGAGAUGCUACAUUUCCCAAAGAAGAUCAGAAAGUGCAAUUUGUACCAGAGUACAUCUUACCAUGUGGCACCUAUCUUACUAGUACACAGAAGCAAAAGGUGAAAGAGAAAGUCCGGGCAAUUCAUUCUGAAAUCCCCAUACAUGUCUGUGUCAUGACGAAGAGCAACAUAUAUGGAAGAAGUCGUUGCAUGAACUUUGCUCGGCAAUAUGCUGAUGCAUACCUUCGAUUUGAGAAGAAAGAGCUGAUGCUUCAGUGCAGUGGCAAAAUUUGGGACGUGCGAUGUUCAAAGGUCGGCAAACAUACAAGGCUUUGGAAAGGGUGGAAGCAGUUCGCAUCAGACAAGAAUUUGCAAUUGGGUGAUAUCUGUCUCUUGGAGCUCCUGAGAAACAAGGAGUAUACGAUGAAUGUGCAUAUCAUCCGCAGUAGAUGAAAUGUUGUAGACCUGUUCUGCUGGUCGUACCAUCUUUUGCUGUUGGAGGAGUUUUCCCGUUUCUGUUUGA